CUCAAAAUUUUAAUAAAUGUAUUCAAUUUUCAAGGAAAUUAAACCCGAUUAAAGCAAGGGACUGGGAUAAGUGUAGAGAACAGCUUACUGCCAGAGAAUUGCAGUACAGUGAACAGAGCUACGACGAUUGGGAGCGAUAAAUCGAAGCGAAUUAACGAAUUAACAUGGGCAAAAAGAAGAAGCAAAGCAAACAACAAACAAAGCAGAGAACAGAGAAUAAUGAGACGACGGCGAGAAGGACGAGAACGAGAACGACGACGCCCCAAACGAUUGACGAGGAGACGGGCUGCCUUAUGGAUAUCCUGCACCUGAACUUGCUGCACUUAAUCGAGGCUCGGAUAGGCCUGCAGCUCCAGCUGGAGACGCAGACGGCCAGAGCACGGCUCAUGCUGGCCAAGACGCGAAUGCAGCAGGGACGACCCCACUUGACCACCAUCACGCGGCUCCCUAGCUCCAGCGCCAGUUCCAGCUUCAGCAGCAGCUUCUCCACGCCCUGCCGCGCACUCUGUCGCCUGCUCGAACAAUGCAUCGGUUGGUGCAGCUCCUUCAAGCUGCUGCGACACGAGCUGAACCAAAAACUCGGCUUUCUGCGUCCCAUCAAUCGCAUCUUUGGCGCCCUGGUGCCGUACACCUUGCGGCUGGCGAGCGGCAACUGGGAGCACUGUGUGGAGCUGAUCGUGCAGAGUGCGAAUAUCCAGCGAGAACUGCAAUCUGUAGUCAAAGCCAUUGAGCGAUUCAAUUGGACGCUGCACAGAAGGGGCUGCGCCUGAGCGUCUUGGGGUAAUAAGUUCAAAGUUGAUAUUAUAGGACGUGCCUCUCCUU